CAGUCAGUCAUCAGAAGGGCAGGAUGGAGCUCCGUCCACUCUGUGUGAUGCUCUUGCUGACUGGACUCAUCCACUGUUCACAAACAGGAGCGCUAAAGGCCACACUCACACUGCAGUCUGGUGGGACAGAAGUAUUCAGAGGAGAGAAUGUCACCCUUAAAUGUGAAAUAGAGGGAGAAGACGAGUGGACUUACAUCUGGUUCAUGAAUGAAACUGAAAUUUCUACUAUAAAGACAAGUGAAUACACCUUUAUGGUGAAUGAUGAGGCUCCAUUUACCUGCAUGGGAACCCAGACUGUAGAUGGCCCACAGAUCACAGAAAAGAGUAAUCCUGUUCGCCUGUCUGUGUCAGAAAAACCCAAACCGACUGUGAGUGUGAAUCCUCAGAGCUCCAUCUACACUGGAGACACAGUUACUCUGAGCUGUAAUCUGCAGACGACUGGAUGGAGGUUUCUCUGGUACACAGAUCCUCAGAAAUCAAAUCCCCUGUCCCCUGGAGCCCGAGACACCAACACACUCAAUGAGACGCUCUCUAAUGAAGGACAAAUAAAUUACUCCUGUAAAGCACAGAGGGGAAACUAUGACUCAGAGUUCAGUGAUCCAGUCACGAUUACAGUGAGCGUAAGACCAAAGACGGAGGUGAACAUACAGCCAGCUGAGCAUGUGUUCACUGGAGAAUCCGUCACUCUCACAUGUGACCUACAGACUGGAGGAUCCUGGUCGUAUCACUGGUAUAGGGAUAAUAAACAACUCAGAGAUGCUGCAGGAGAGAAAACAUACACAAUCCGUAAUGUUGAAACCUCUCAUCAAGGUCAUUAUACAUGUAACGGAACACAGUCAUCAGACCCAACAUACACACAGACCAGUGAUGCUGUUACACUGACUGUAUCAGAAAAACCCAAACCGACUGUGAGUGUGAAUCCUCAGAGCUCCAUCUACACUGGAGACACAGUUACUCUGAGCUGUAAUCUGCAGACGACUGGAUGGAGGUUUCUCUGGUACACAGAUCCUCAGAAAUCAAAUCCCCUGCCCCCUGGAGCCCGAGACACCAACACACUCAAUGAGACGCUCUCUAAUGAAGGACAAAUAAAUUACUCCUGUAAAGCACAGAGGGGAAACUAUGACUCAGAGUUCAGUGAUCCAGUCACGAUUAUAGUGAGCGUGAGACCAAAGACGGAGGUGAACAUACAGCCAGCUGAGCAUGUGUUCACUGGAGAAUCCGUCACUCUCACAUGUGACCUACAGACUGGACGAUCCUGGUCGUAUCACUGGUAUAGGGAUAAUAAACAACUCAGAGAUGCUGCAGGAGAGAAAACAUACACAAUCCGUAAUGUUGAAACCUCUCAUCAAGGUCUUUAUACAUGUAACGGAACACAGUCAUCAGACCCAACAUACACACAGACCAGUGAUGCUGUUACACUGACUGUAUCAGAAAAACCCAAACCGACUGUGAGUGUGAAUCCUCAGAGCUCCAUCUACACUGGAGACACAGUUACUCUGAGCUGUAAUCUGCAGUCGACUGGAUGGAGGUUUCUCUGGUACACAGAUCCUCAGAAAUCAAAUCCCCUGUCUGGAGCCCGAGACACCAACACACACAAUGAGACGCUCUCUAAUGAAGGACAAAUAAAUUACUCCUGUAAAGCACAGAGGGGAAACUAUGACUCAGAGUUCAGUGAUCCAGUCACGAUUAUAGUGAGCGUGAGACCAAAGCCGAAGGUGAACAUACAGCCAGCUGGGCAUGUGUUCAUUGGAGAAUCCGUCACUCUCACAUGUGACAUACGGACUGGAGGAUCCUGGUGGUAUCACUGGUAUAGGGAUAAUAAACAACUCAGAGAUGCUGCAGAAAAGAAAACAUACACAAUCCAUAAUGUUGAAACCUCUCAUCAAGGUCUUUAUACAUGUAAAGGAACACAGUCAUCAGACCCAACAUACACACAGACCAGUGAUGCUGUUACACUGACUGUAUCAGAAAAACCUAAACCUGAACUCAGAUCAGACCUUAAAGGAGCUGCACUGACAGGAAACUCAGUGACUCUGUACUGUACACUGAAGCUGCAGUCUGCUGGAUGGAAGUUUUACUGGAGCACACCCACACAGAGCUCUGAGACUGAAACACACGACUACACCAUCAGAUCAGUUCGAGUCUCUGAUGGAGGUCAGUACUGGUGCAGAGCUGGAAGAGGAAACCCAGUCUACUACACAGACUACAGUGAUGCACUCUGGGUAAAUGUUAUUGAGAGACCUAAACCUGUGGUGAUUAUAAAGCCUGAUAAGGAGGUGUUCAGAGGAGAGAGAGUGACUUUCAGAUGUGAGAUACCGAGAGGAAGAGACACUGAGUGGACAUACAGCUGGAAGAGGAAUGAUUACACACGCUCAUACCGAACAACACAGGAGUUUAGUCUUUAUUCAGUAGGAAAUGAUGUCAGCGGUAAAUACACCUGCAGUGGGAGGAGAAGUGACUCUCAGAGCUCAGAGACCAGUGAUGCUGUUACACUGACUGUAUCAGAAAAACCCAAACCGACUGUGAGUGUGAAUCCUCAGAGCUCCAUCUACACUGGAGACACAGUUACUCUGAGCUGUAAUCUGCAGUCGACUGGAUGGACUUUUCUCUGGUACAAUUAUCAGCAAUCAAAAGAUCUGACACCUGAUGAUCCACACAGUAACACACUCACUGGGACAGUGUCUAAUGAAGGACAAAUAAAGUACGCCUGUAAAGCACAGAGGGGAAACUAUGACUCAGAGUUCAGUGAUCCAGUCAGGAUUACAGUGAGAGCAAGACCAAAGCCAGUCGUGACAAUACAGCCAGCUGGGCGUGUGUUCAUUGGAGAAACCGUCACUUUCACAUGUAACAUACGGACUGGAGGAUCCUGGUCAUAUGACUGGUAUAGGGAUAAUACAAAACUCAGUGUUCCUUCCUGGACGAAUCAAAACACAAUCUAUCAGGUUAAAACCUCUGAUAAAGGUGGUUAUACAUGUAAAGGAACACAGUCAUCAGACCCAACAUACCCACAGACCAGUGAUGCUGUUACACUGACUGUAUCAGAAAAACCUAAACCUGAACUCACAUCAGACCUUAAAGGAGCUGCACUGACAGGAAACUCAGUGACUCUGUACUGUACACUGAAGCUGCAGUCUGCUGGAUGGAAGUUUUACUGGAUCACAUCCACACAGAGCUCUGAGACUGAGACUGAUUCACACGACUACGCCAUCAGAUCAGUUCGAGUCUCUGAUGGAGGUCAGUACAAGUGCAGAGCUGGAAGAGGAAACCCAGUCUACUACACACACUACAGUGAUGCACUCUGGGUAGAAGUUAUUGAGAGACCUAAACCUGUGGUGAUUAUAAAGCCUGAUAAGGAGGUGUUCAGAGGAGAGACAGUGACUUUCAGAUGUGAGAUACAGAGAGGAAGAGACACUGAGUGGACAUACAGCUGGAAGAGGAAUGAUUACACACGCUCAUACCGAACAAUACAGGAGUUUAGUCUUUAUUCAGUAGAAAAUUAUCACAGCGGUAAAUACACCUGCAGUGGGAGGAGAAGUGACUCUCAGAGCUCAGAGACCAGUGAUGCUGUUACACUGACUGUAUCAGAAAAACCUAAACCUGAACUCAGAUCAGGCCUUAAAGGAGCUGCACUGACAGGAAACUCAGUGACUCUGUCCUGUACACUGAAGCCGCAGUCUGCUGGAUGGAAGUUUUACUGGAUCACACCCACACAGAGAUCUGAGACUGAAUCACACGACUACACCAUCAGAUCAGUUCGAGUCUCUGAUGGAGGUCAGUACUGGUGCAGAGCUGGAAGAGGAAACCCAGUCUACUACACACACUACAGUGACGCACUCUGGGUAAAUGUUGUUGAGAGACCUAAACCUGUGGUGAGUAUAAAGCCUGAUAAGGAGGUGUUCAGAGGAGAGACAGUGACUUUCAGAUGUGAGAUACCGAGAGGAAGAGACACUGAGUGGACAUACAGCUGGAAGAGGAAUGAUGACACACUCUCAUCCCGAACAACACAGGAGUUUAGUCUUGAUUCAGUAGGAAAUGAUGUCAGCGGUAAAUACACCUGCAGUGGGAGGAGAAGUGACUCUCAGAGCUCAGAGACCAGUGAUGCUGUUACACUGACUGUAUCAGAAAAACCCAAACCUGAACUCACAUCAGACCUUAAAGGAGCUGCACUGACAGGAAUCCCAGUGACUCUGUACUGUACACUGAAGCCACAGUCUGCUGGAUGGAAGUUUUACUGGAACACAUCAACACAGAGCUCUGAGACUGAAACAGAAUCAGGCCACUAUGUCAUCAGACCAGUUAAUGUCUCUGAUGGAGGUCAGUACUGGUGCCGAGCUGGAAGAGGAAACCCAGUCUACUACACACACUACAGUGAUGCACUCUGGGUAAAGGUUACUGGUGAAUCAGCUCCAGUGUCUCUGAUCAUCAGUCCCAGCAGAACUCAACACUUCACUGCUGACUCUCUCUCACUGAGCUGUGAGGACCAGAGUGACUCUACUGGAUGGACAGUGAGACGAUACACACACAAAGAGACACCGUUCAAUUGUUUAUCAUAUUCAGGAUCUACAUGUAACAUCAGCUCCCUCUCUACAUCACACACUGGAGUUUACUGGUGUCAGUCUGAAUCUGGAGGACACAGUAAUCCUGUCAACAUCACAGUGCACCAUGGUGACGUGAUCCUGGACAGUCCUGUCCAUCCUGUUACUGAGGGACGUCCUCUGACUUUACGCUGUUUGUAUCGCAACACAAAGAUCUCAGAGUCUGGUGCUGAUUUCUAUAAAAAUGAUUCAGUUCUCCAGAACCAGACUACAGGAGAGAUGACCAUCAGGAGUGUCUCAAAGUCAGAUGAAGGUUUCUACCACUGUAAACACCCACAGAGAGGAGAGUCACCAAAAAGCUGGGUUUCAGUCAAAGUUUCAGCUCCUAGAUCCACUGGACUAAUUUUAGGACUGAGCUUGGCCUUCGUGUUUGCCAUCUUAAUGAUCUUACUGAUCCUUCUGUUACGUUACAAGAAAAAAAAAGGUGUAGAAUAUCAGUCUCAGUCUUCUGCAGUAAAUCAGGACACCAGUCAGCUUGCAGAUGGUGAAAAUAUCUAUGAAAAUGCUGCUACCAGGACCACAGCUGAUUCUGCAGCUGGCUCCAGUAAUACAGUCAACCCACAGGUUGUGACUAGAAAAAAGAAACAAAAUGAUCAUGCAGCCAGAGGGCCAGAUGAUGUGAUGUAUUCCAAAAUUGAAAUGAAAAAGCUUAAACUUCGCAGUGAAAAUGUCUCUGCACUGAGACCAAGUGAUGUGGUUUACUCCCCAAUUAAAUUUGCAAACUUGAAAUCCAAGGAUGCUGCCACCAACCCAGGUGAUGUGACGUAUGCUGAAAUUGAGGUGAAAAAACAAAAGAAGCCAAAGCAAAAAGAAGGAAAGAGCGUUGAGGGAGCUGACACUGUGUACUCAGAACUGAAGCAGAACAUAGAUAACGGGGAUUUCACUGAAACGGCUGAUACGACCUAUGCCCAGGUCAGAAAAAAGGGCAAAAUGGAUAAUCCAGGGGGUUUCACUGAAACAGCUGAUGCGACCUAUGCCCAGGUCAGAAAAAAGGGCAAAAGGGAUAAUCCAGGUUCAUGAAGAAAAACCAACAUGUCCAAUCAGGGUUUGCUGAAACAGUGAACUAACAUGGUGAAACAAACACGGUGAAACAAAAAUGGUGAAAAAAAAAAUAAAAAAAUACAGGUGCAGUGUAGUUUUUGAAAAGCAGCCACACACAGUGGAUGAGAUUAUCAUCCACUUUAUCCAU